GAGUCGGAGCCGGAGCGGGCGCAGCUGCUGAGACAGGAGCGAGCGUAGCUUCGUCCCCGCCAUCUCAUCCCAGCAGCUUCGUCCCUGCCGCCUGCAGCCCAGUCCCCGCCGCUGUUGCCGCCGCCCCCGGGGCAUGGCCUGUCUGAUGGCCGCUUUCUCGGUCGGCACCGCCAUGAAUGCUAGCAGUUACUCUGCAGCAAUGACGGAGCCCAAGUCAGUGUGCGUCUCAGUGGAUGAGGUGGUCUCCAGCAACAUGGACAGCGCUGAGACAGACCUGCUCAAUGGACAUCUGAAAAAGGUGGACAACAAUCUCACAGAGGCCCAGCGCUUUUCUUCCUUGCCGCGGAGGGCAGCUGUGAACAUUGAAUUCAAGGACCUUUCCUACUCUGUGCCUGAAGGACCCUGGUGGAGAAAGAAAGGCUACAAGACCCUUCUGAAAGGAAUCUCUGGAAAGUUCAACAGUGGAGAGCUGGUGGCCAUCAUGGGUCCUUCGGGGGCUGGGAAAUCCACACUCAUGAACAUUCUGGCCGGAUACAGGGAGACUGGCAUGAAAGGGGCGGUGCUCAUCAAUGGCCUGCCCCGGGACCUGCGCUGCUUCCGGAAGGUGUCCUGCUAUAUCAUGCAGGACGACAUGCUGCUGCCGCACCUCACCGUGCAGGAGGCCAUGAUGGUGUCUGCCCACCUGAAGCUUCAGGAAAAGGAUGAAGGCAGAAGGGAGAUGGUAAAAGAGAUCCUGACAGCACUGGGCUUGCUGUCCUGUGCCAACACGCGGACUGGAAGCCUUUCGGGUGGCCAACGGAAGCGGCUGGCCAUUGCCCUUGAGCUGGUGAACAACCCUCCAGUCAUGUUCUUCGAUGAGCCCACCAGCGGCCUGGACAGCGCAUCCUGCUUCCAGGUGGUCUCCCUGAUGAAAGGGCUGGCUCAAGGUGGGCGCUCCAUCAUCUGCACCAUCCACCAGCCCAGCGCCAAGCUCUUCGAACUGUUCGAUCAGCUUUAUGUCUUAAGUCAAGGACAGUGUGUGUACCGGGGGAAAGUCUCCAAUCUUGUGCCGUAUUUGAGGGACUUAGGUCUGAACUGCCCAACCUACCACAACCCAGCAGACUUUGUCAUGGAGGUGGCGUCUGGCGAAUACGGUGACCAGAAUGGCCGCCUGGUGAGAGCGGUCCGGGAGGGCAUGUGCGACUCUGACUACAAGAGAGACCUCGGGGGUGAUGCCGAGGUGAACCCUUUUCUUUGGCACCGGCCCUCCGAAGAGGUAAAGCAGGCAAAACGAUUAAAGGGGUUGAGAAAGGACUCCACCUCCAUGGAAGGCUGCCACAGCUUCUCCGCCAGCUGCCUCACUCAGUUCUGCAUCCUCUUCAAAAGGACCUUCCUCAGCAUCAUGCGGGACUCGGUUCUGACACACCUGCGGAUCACCUCACACAUUGGGAUCGGCCUCCUCAUUGGCCUUCUCUACCUGGGGAUUGGGAACGAGGCCAAGAAGGUCUUGAGCAACUCCGGCUUCCUCUUCUUCUCCAUGUUGUUCCUCAUGUUCGCAGCCCUCAUGCCCACCGUUCUCACCUUUCCUCUGGAAAUGGGGGUCUUUCUUCGGGAACACCUGAAUUAUUGGUACAGUCUGAAGGCCUACUACCUAGCCAAGACCAUGGCAGACGUCCCCUUUCAGAUCAUGUUCCCGGUGGCCUACUGCAGCAUCGUGUACUGGAUGACAUCACAGCCAUCCGACGCCGUGCGCUUCGUCCUGUUUGCUGCACUGGGCACCAUGACCUCUCUGGUGGCCCAGUCCCUAGGCCUGCUGAUUGGGGCUGCCUCUACUUCCCUACAGGUAGCGACCUUCGUGGGCCCUGUGACUGCCAUCCCAGUCCUCCUGUUCUCAGGAUUCUUCGUCAGCUUCGACACCAUCCCCACGUACCUGCAGUGGAUGUCCUACAUCUCCUACGUCAGAUAUGGAUUUGAGGGAGUCAUCCUCUCCAUCUAUGGCUUGGAUCGAGAGGACCUGCACUGUGAUAUCGAUGACACGUGCCACUUUCAGAAGUCGGAGGCCAUCCUGAGGGAGCUAGACGUGGAGAAUGCCAAGCUCUACUUGGACUUCAUCGUUCUGGGCAUUUUCUUCAUCUCCUUGCGCCUCAUUGCCUACUUCGUCCUGAGGUACAAAAUCCGGGCGGAGAGGUAAAAUACCCAGAUGCCCGCAGAGAGGAAAACCAGACCUGUGGCCAAGAGCACUUCCAGAGUCGUGGCAGCAAGCCCGUGCCCGUGACACAGAGACUACUUGACCCAACCCUGGAAAUCACAGUUGGUUUGUGG